AUGAAAGCUACUACUAAAAUCAAAAGGGCUGCAGUUGCAUGUAAUUCGUGUAGAGAAAGUAAAUUAAAAUGUUUAAAUAAUUGUGAUUUAUCAAGUUGUCAAAGAUGUACUUCAUUGAAUUUAAAAUGUACUUAUACAUUAAAAACUUCACAAUUGAAAAAAAAAAAAUUAAUGAAUCAAAAUUUUAUAAAACCAAUAAAUUAUAAUCAGUCAGUAUUAUUACCAGAUAAAAAUUUAAUAAUUGAAGUUGUAACAAUUUUUUUUGAAAAUCAAUAUAAAGGUAUAUUCCCAUUAUUUCAUAAACCUUCAUUUUUAACUUUUUUAAGAUCAGAUUUAUUCAAUUCAAAUACAUUUAUAGAUAAUCCUCCAAAAACUUCUUCAUUACAACCAGAUCCAGUUGUUUUAUUAGCUAUACUUGCAUUAUGUGCUAGACUUCAUCCUGAACUACCCAAAAUUUAUGGUGAAUUUAAUGAAUCAACAGCACAAUCAUUCCAACCAGUAUUUACAAAUGUUUUGAAUAUAAAUUCAGCUUCGAAUGCAUCAAAUUAUUUUGGAUGGCAUGCAAGAAAAUUAAUACUGGAAAAUUUUGAUAAUCCUUCAUUGAGUAGAGUUCAAGCUUUAUGUAUACUAAGUAGUCAUGAGUGGGGGGAAGGUAAUGCACUAAGAAGUCAUAUGUAUAGUGGACUAGCAGUAAGAAUGGCUAUGGUUCUAGGUUUAGAUGAAGAAGUAGAAUCGGUAGUUGAAGAAACAUUUUUGGAAAAAGAAGUUAAACGAAGAGCUAUGUGGAGUUCUUAUAUGAUGGAUAGAUGUAAUGCUAGUGGAAGAAGUAGUAAAUCUUGUAUAAACAUUAAAGAUAUUCAUAUAAAAUUACCUUGUGAUGAAAAAUCUUUUAUAUUUGGAACAAUGAAUAAAAAUCAAUAUUAUAGAGAAGAAUUGGAAUCAAGUAUUAAUAACGGUUUAAUUAAAGAUAUUUCUUGUUGUGGUCAUAUGAUAUAUUUAUUUGAAUCUUGGAGAAGUAUAUCGAUUUGGGUUGGUGAAACUGGUGGUAAAUUAGAACGAGUUGCACCAUGGGAUGAAUUAUCACCAUUUUAUAAACUAACUAAAGAAUUAGAUAAGUUUGAAAAAUGUUUACCAAAUAAUUUAAAGUUUAAUGAAUUUAAUAUACAAGCACACAUUGCAGAUGGUUCAGCUGCUGAUUUUGCUUAUUUUCAUGGUUUAUUCUUUUUAUGUCGGAUUUUUUUGAAUCGUGAAUAUUUUUAUUCAUCACCUACUUCAUUUCCAACUGGUUGGUGGAAAAAUUUAGCUAUACAAAUUUUUGAUACUUUAGAUAAAUUAAAUCUGAUUACAAAAUCUUUAAAACCAAUGAAUUUAAUGGUAAUUGCUCCAUUCACUGGGUUUCAAGUUUUUACAACAGCAUCUACAAGUUUAUAUAUAGCAGCUUAUCCAUCAAAAGUAUUGGAUCAACAUUUUGAUUAUGACGUUACUAAAAAAUAUCAAAAAAUGGCUGAUUAUUGUUUAGAAACUUUGAAAAGUUGGCUGAAAUCUUGGGGUUUGGGUAAAAAUUGGAUUGAAACAUUGCAAAAAUUAAGAGAAACAUUUGGAAAAAUAUCAGAUUAUCAAGAUGAUGAUUUGAGGCAUAAAAUGCAUGAUUAUGGUAAUAUCGGACAACAAAAGACAAAAGAAUCAAUGCAAAUUCUGAAUUUAAUAACAGAAGAAGAGAAUAAUAAUAAUAAUAAUAGUAAUAACAAUAAUAAUAAUGGUUCAUUAGAUUUUAUGAAUAAUUUAGAUUUAGCAAAUAUUUUUCCAGAUUGGAGUGAUGCUAUGAAUUUAUAG